CUCCGACCCGCGGCGUGAGGCGCCUGCGCCGCAGUCACUCCGGAGUCACGCCGGCUCGCGGCGGUGACAGACACAGCCUCUCUCCAGAGAGAAUGUAGAAGAUAGCAACAUGGACAAAAAACUCCAAUACGUUAAAAAAGAGCUGCUCCGAAGGGAAAUUCCUCCAGUCUUGUUGGUGCUGCUGCUUCUAGCUGUGCUGCUCCUGAAUUUCCUUCUGUACAUGCAUCUCAACAAUGUCUCCAUCACCACCGGGCAGCCUGACGUGGACUCCAGCCUCUGCCCAUUUGGGUACUUCAGAUUAGGAUCAUUGAAAAAUUGCUCGCCGUGGCUGUCUUGUGAAGCCAUAAAUACAGAAGUCAGGAAACUGAAGUGUGUUGGUGAAGGGGCUGUGAAAAAGGUCUUUCUUUCUGAAUGGAAGGAAAACAAAGUAUCCCUUUCCCAGCUCGCCAACUCAGAGCUGAAGGAAGAUUUUCUUCAUGGACUGAAGAUGCUGAAGGCUCUCCAGAGCAAGUAUGUUGUCAGACUGCUUGGCUAUUGCGAGAAGCAGUUCACAGUCCUUACCCAGUAUCACCCAUUAGGCUCCCUGAAGAGCCUGAAUGAAAUGCUGGACCUUCCCAGAUAUAAGGGCUUGAAUACUUGGCAUCGCAGAUUCAUGCUCGCAAUAGACUAUGUGAGCAUCAUCCAUUAUUUGCACAACAGUCCUUUGGGCACCUUAGUAAUGUGUGAUUCCAAUGACUUGGACAAGGUGUUAUCGCAGUAUCUGCUGACAAGUGACUUUCAUGUUCUGGUGAAUGACUUGGAUGCCUUGCCUCUCGUGAACAAGAGCGCUGGCAGGCUGGUGAAGUGUGGCCAUCGGGAGCUCCAAGGCGAGUUUGUAGCUCCUGAACAGCUUUGGCCCUAUGGGGAGGAGGUGCCAUUUGAAGAUGACCUCAUGCCUCCAUAUGACGAGAAGACGGACAUAUGGAAAAUCCCUGAUGUCGCCAAUUUUUUCUUGGGCCACGUUGAAGGGAGUGAUAUUGUCAGGUUCCAUUUGUUCGACAUCCAUGCUGCAUGUAAGAAGAAGAACCCAGCUGAAAGGCCUUCCGCCCAGAUGGUCAUGGACACAUACAGGAAAAUGUUAACAUUGCUGCUCAGAGAGGCUGCCAUGCCUGGUACCAGGGAAAUGUUAUAAAUAACUGUGAGAAGACAUACAGGUACUCUGGUUGAGGUCCUGUUAUUUAUUUAGCACCCACAGGGUGCUAGGUCCUUUGCAGACUGGUAGCAGAACAAGGUCCCUACCCAAAGAACAAAGGAGACAAAAUUGACACUAGUGAUGGUUUGAAAAAAGGUAAAUCUGUUUCAUGAAAAAAAUUGAAAUGUUUUGACCCAAACCCCCUAAUUUUUAGGGUUUUUUUUGUAUCUCCCCCUCUCCCUUUUCCUUUUUUGCCACUGGAAGAGGAGGGGCAGGGAAGGAAGAUAAAGCGGGGGUGGUAUUUUUGGUUUUGAAAAAAAAAUGCAUGCUUUUUGUGUGUGGUUUUUUUUUUAAUCAAAACAUUUGAAAAAUUCUUUUUCAAAAAUUCUACAAAAAAUUCUGGCUUCUUUUUUUUUUUUUUUUUUUUUUUUAAAGGCCAGUUUUUGUCAAAAAAUGGUUAGAACGAAAAAUUUCAUCCAGCUCUGAUUUACACCUGGAGGAUUGGAGAAAGGAGAGCAACAAAUAAGCAAAGUGAUCCAGAUGAGAGAGAGGCAUAUUCUUUAUUAACUCCGUGCCAAUUCCAUACCACUACCUUGUCUAAACAGUGCCCUCCUCCUCUCCUUUGCACCUUCCUCUCGCCAAUCAUUCUAAUGGCUGUUCUAAUGGCCAGCCAGCACCCUGCGAUACUGAACAGAUCUCCCUAGGGGAGCCACAGUGAGCUGGUGUCUCCAGCUGUUUAUUGGGACAGGAGUCUGUCAUGGCUGGUCAGAUGUCUGCCACCUGAACAGCUCCCACUCCUGGAGAUGUGAUAUAUCAGUCUCUCUAGGCAUAGCUGGAGGUAGUAGCAAGAGCCUGUCUUCAAGGCCCCCCCUUGUUCAGAGCAGCUAUUUGCUGGCCCUGCCGCCUUCUCCUGCGGGGGCAUGGGUGAUUUCUGGCUCCAGCUGGAUGGGGGACAGGGGAAGCCCAUCCUGUCAGCUCUACGGUCACCUUUCUGUCUGUGGGCCCAAUUGCUAUUGUUCCAGCUCCCACAAGCAUGCUAGGCACUUCAGACAUACAAACAUUACAGGUGUCUGCCCAAAAGAGAUUGCAAUCCAAAAAGGGAACAUACGGACAAAGGAGCGGGAAACACACUGCCUUGAUUUUCAAACCCUUGCCCACUUACCCAUUAUAUUCUCAUAAAGGCCCUUUGGAGCAAGAGCCUUGUUUUCCCACUGCUGUGUGAAGUGAUUAGCACACUGCAUACACAAUAAUCAUUUUUCUCACAUAACUUCAUUCCACAGCGAUUUUGCUAGUUUGGCUUCUGCAGAUUAGAAGCUCCCUCCCUUCCCCCCGCAUCCCAGAAAAAUCCCACCACCUUCAGAGUAGAAAGGAAGUAUUAUCUCUUUGCAUUCACCUUUCCAUGACCGUGUCCUAAUGACCCAACGGGAAGAUGGUGUUAACAAUGGAAAACGAUCUCUUCCUUAGACACUAAAGUAGUAUAAUGAAAGGAAGGGCUGGAGAAUACAAAUCCUUCUGUAUUUUGCAUACAGAAUUCUCUGAGGGCCUGAUACAAAGCCCAUUGAAGUUAAUAGAAAGACUUCUUUGGCUUCACAGAACUUUGGACCAGGUUUUUAAUUCCUAGAUUCCAUGGUUAUGGUUUUGAUAGAAAUACCUGGACAGAGCAUUAUCAGGGAACAGAAAUACCUUAGUACAGCAGCAGAGUUUGUUUUCAGCAAUUUGGUUAUGCCCACACUGCCUCAAUGGGCACGUUGAACAUGUGUGGAGAAUGAUGUCAGAUGGACUUUACAGUUAUGUACCUCAUGACUUAGUUUUCUGUGGAUUGUACGUUCAAACACCUAGGAGCAGGCUGGAGUAACUGCCAUGUUGUGUUGAAUUCAGAUGCAACCUGUGGCAGAGGAGACACACACUGUACUCCCUCUUGGAGAAUUUACUUUUGUUCCUUCUUGUUUUGCUCGUCUCCUUUAAUUUAAAACAAGCCUGAAAAUGUAUGGCUGGUUUUUGGUAUGGAAUAACGUACCCCACACACUGUGUGGGAGCAUCUCUGAGUCAGAUUGGCAGCAAAUCGUUUGCUCACCAGCUGAAAAUACAGCUUCCAAAUAUGUAAAUUUUAAAAAGUGGGAGCAGAGAUCUUGUAUUGGUGACAUUGGUGACCAUUCCCCUGGUUAAUUAUUUGUGAUCACAUGCGGACAGAUUAGCAUGACUGUUUAGUAAGACACAGUCUGCUUCUAGCCUAGCCAGCUAAGAUGCAAGAGAAAUGCUCUUCUGUGGAGACCUACUAGCAUUAUGUUGCUAUGUUGACACCAGAUGUAAAUAUCUUGCUUAUAAAUGGGAAAGUUUUUCUGCAAAUGGCUAUGUUAUAGUUGCUCUCAUCUUGUGCUAGUGUCUCUUUUAAGGAAGCCUGCCUUGUUAUUUUCAUUUCUUUGAUUAUCUAUGUCCAGUUUGGCUUGUUACAUUAUAUGGAUUUUGUCAUGUGCCCCUACUUCCCCAACCUACUCAUCAGCACCCCUCACAAGCCUCCUCGUUGCUCUGCCGUGUAGGAGGCAGGGGGCCAAGAUCAUAAGCCAAGAUUUUCAAAAGGGACUUGGGAUUUUUGGAUGUCUCACUCUUUUCGGCAUUCUCGACUUAAAACACCUUAAGGGAGCCCGAUUUAAAAGAAUGCGAAACGGCAAUGGUAUCAUCCCAUUGAUUCCUAUGGGACUGCUCACAGAGUAAGGGGAUACUCAGUGUGAGUAAAGGAAUCAGGAUCUGCUGCUCCUGUAUUAACAAUAUUGAUCCGAGUUAAAUAGCUUUCAUUUUAGUCGGGUCUGAAGGAAAGCUGGAUGUGCUGAGUAAAAGCCGGACACAGAGUUUUAACAGCUAGCCAAUAAGUUUAUUGUACAGUUAAAUGGGCUUGCAAGAAAUAUCAAUGUAUGAUGGCUAUAAAAUAGACAUGUUAUACGUCUGCUGUAAAAAGAGCCAUCACUGUCAGGUUUGUUACCCUGAGCUCUCAGUAAGGACCAGAGUCUGUCCUCCUCAUUCCUGUUGCACAGUAUCUUACUCUGCAAGCAGCCAUAUUGAUUUCACAGAGUGAGAGGGACAGAUUCUGGCCCUAAAAUACCAUUUUGCCUUGGAGACUUCAAAAUUCAUUAAUGGAUGAGGCCAUCAAAGUCUCUCUACUUUUGGUUACAACUUAAAUAUGAGAUAUUUGUACACACUGACUCCAGGACCCAGAGCCAUCCUUUCCACUGCCUCCCACUGCGCCUUAACGUUUUCUGCCAGUGUUUUUCAUUUGAAGUUGAGCACCAGCGAUGAAUUAAACCUGGUUUGAAUGGGGUAUUGUGGGUUUAAAAAAUAAAAAUCCUGGUAUUGAAUGUUGCCUGCUAUUCUAUGUGGAAACACUAGGUGGUAGUGUGAAAUACCAUUUAAUUUCAAUUGUGUGCACCUUAGACCGUGGAGACACCUAGCCCUGCAUCCAGUAGUUUGUGCAUAAACUGCCUCUUAAUUCCUUGGCAAGGCUUAUAAUCAUUGGGUUAGUGGAAUCCUUAAUUACAGUGAGUGAGUGAAUCACAUGGGGCAGGUUUCAAUGUAUACAUUACUUCAUUGGGAAAACCUGUAGAAUGAGUGUAAAUGAAGCAGUUCCCCCGGGAGCCGUGCACUCAGUACAGAAUAGUCUGUUGUCUUUGCUGUGUCACGGUAACCCCUUUACUGUGUACCUCCGGGACAACGCACAGCCCAUGGCAUGGUGCAGUCCAACAGCCAGCAAGGACACACGUGGGUACCUGGUGAAUGUACAGCUGGCUGGAGAAGCUGUGGAAAGUUGUACAUAUGCAGGAUUUUGCUUUUCUGUAAGGAAGAGACCUUGUGCUGUGCUGUUAACACGUCAGCGGCAGGCUUUGCUUUUCAUCUCUUCCCGUGCAAAUUUUCAAAUGAGGUUAGAGGCCACUAGCAGCAGCCACUAGAACCUAGGGCAGGGGUGAGCAAACUUUUUGGCCUGAGGGCCACAUUGGGAUUCCAAAACUGUAUGGAGGGCCAGGUGGUUUUUCAUGAGUAUCCAGUUUUGAGAGCUUAAAACCCUAUACCGGAAACCUACUGACUGCUAUACGUACCUACAUGCUUCCAGCUUCCAUCCAGGACACACCACACGAUCCAUUGUCUACAGCCGAGCCCUAAGAUACAACCGAAUUUGCUCCAAUCCCUCAGACAGACAAACCUACAAGAUCUCUAUCAAGCAUUCUUAAAACUACAAUACCCACCUGCUGAAGUGAAAAAACAGAUUGACAGAACCAGAAGAGUACCCAGAAGUCACCUACUACAGGACAGACCCAACAAAGAAAAUAACAGAACGCCACUAGCCGUCACCUUCAGCUCCCAACUAAAACCUCUCCAGCGCAUCAUCAAAGAUCUACAACCUAUUCUGAAAGAUGAUUCCUCACUCUCACAGAUCUUGGGAGACAGAUCUGUCCUCGCUUACAGACAGCCCCCCAACCUGAAGCAAAUAUUCACCAACAACCGCACACCAUACAACAUAAACACUAACCCAGGAACCUAUCCUUGCAACAAUGUCCGAUGUCAACUCUGUCCACAUAUUUAUUCAAGUGACACCAUCAUAGGACCUAAUCACAUCAGCCACGCCAUCAGGGGCUCGUUCACCUGCACAUCUACCAAUGGGAUAUAUGCCAUCAUGUGCCAGCAAUGCCCCUCUGCCAUAUACAUUGGCCAAACCGGACAGUCUCUACGCAAAAGAAUAAAUGGACACAAAUCUGACAUCAGGAAUCAUAACAUUCAAAAACCAGUGGGAGAACACUUCAAUCUCUCUAACCACUCAGUGACAGAGUUGAAGGUGGCAAUUUUGCAACAAAAAAACUUCAAAAACAGACUCCAAAGAGAGACUGCUGAACUUGAAUUAAUAUGCAAAUUAGAUACAAUUAACUUAGGUUUGAACAGAGACUGGGAAUGGUUGGAUCAUUACACUAAUUGAAUCUAUUUCCCCAUGUUAAGUAUCCUCACACCUUCUAUGGGUCAUCUCGAUUAUCACUUCAAAGUAGUUUUUUUUUCUCCUGCUGAUGAUAGCGCAUCUCAAUUGAUUGGCCUCUUACAGUUGGUAUGGCUAAUUCCACCUUUUCAUGGUCUCUGUAUGUAUAAAUAUCUUCUUUCUGUUCCAUUCUAUGCAUCCGAUGAGGUGGGCUGUAGCCCACGAAAGCUUAUGCUCAAAUAAAUUUGUUAGUCUCUGGGUACGUCUACACUACGAAAUUACUUCGAUUUUACAGAAUUCGAUUUUAGACAACAGAUUGUAUAAAGUCGAGUGCAUACGGCCACAGUAAGCACAUUAAUUCGGUGGUCUGCAUCCAUAGUACCGAGGCUACCGUCAACUUUUGGAGUGUUGCACUGUGGGUAGCUAUCCCAUAGUUCCCACAGUCUCCCCCGCCCAUUGGAAUUCUGGGUUGAGAUCCCAAUGCCUGAUGGGGCAAAAAACAUUGUCGCAGGUGGUUCUGGGUACAUGUCAUCAGGCCCCCUCCCCCUCCUUUCCUCUCUCCAUGAAAGCAACAGCAGACAACCGUUUCGCGCCUUUUUUCCUGGGUUACCUGUGGAGACAACAUACCACGGCAAGCAUGGAGCCCGCACAGCUGACCGUCACCGUAUGUCUCCUGGGUGCUGGCAGACGUGGGACUGCAUUGCUACACAGCAGCAGCUCCUUGCCUUUUGGCAGCAGACGGUGCAUUAGGACUGUAAGCCAUCGUCAUCAUACAGAGAUGGGAGUGACUCAGCCAGGUCAUUUCCCAUCUUCUGCUGAGCACCCAGGAGAUGACAAUGGCUUGCAGUCUUACUGCACCAUCUGCUGCCAGCCUAAGAUGUAAAAGAUAGAUGGAGUGGACCAGAUUUAUUUUGUAAUCAUUUCCUCCCCCCUCCCUUAUUGAAAUCAACAGCCUGCUAAACCCAGUCUUUUGAGUUCAAUCCUUGAGGGAGCCAUUCUGUGUGACAGUUGUUUGUGUUUCUCCUUAAUGCAAAGCCUCCACCUUUGUGGAUUUUAAAUCCCUGUAAGCCAUGUCGUCAGUCAUCCCUCCCUCCGUCAGAGCAACGGCAGACAAUCGUUUUGCGCCUUUUUUCCUGGGUUACCUGUGCAGACGCCAUACUACGGCAAGCAUGGAGCCCGCUCAGCUCAACGCAGCAGUCAUGAACAUUUUAAACAUCUCGCGCAUUAUCAUGCAGUUUAUGCUGAACCAGAACCUGGAAAACCAGGCGAGGAGAAGGCGGCGACGGCAGCGCAGCGAUGAGAGUGAUGAGGACAUGGACACAGACACAGAAUUCUCUCAAACCGCGGGCCCCGGCGCUUUGGAGAUCAUGGUGUUAAUGGGGCAGGUUCAUGCCGUGGAACGCCGAUUCUCGGCCCAGGAAACAAGCACAGACUGGUGGGACCGCAUAGUGUUGCAGCUGUGGGACAAUUCCCAGUGGCUGCGAAACUUUCGCAUGCGUAAGGGCACUUUCAUGGAACUUUGUGACUUGCUUUCCCCUGCCCUGAAGCGCCAGAAUACCAAGAUGAGAGCAGCCCUAGUGGCGAUAGCCCUGUGGAAUCUUGCAAAGCUAGACAGCUACCUGUCAGUCAGGAAUCAAUUUGGAGUGGGCAAAUCUACUGUUGGGGCUGCUGUGAUGCAAGUAGCCAAAGCAAUCACUGAGCUAUUGUUACCAAAGGUAGUGAAUCUGGGAAAUGUGCAGGUCAUAGUGGAUGGCUUUGCUGCACUGGGAUUCCCUAGCUGUGGUGGGGCGAUAGAUGGAACCCAUAUCCCUAUCUUGGCACCAGAACAACAGGGCAGCCAGUACGUAAACCGCAAGGGGUACUUUUCAAGGGUGCUGCAAGCACUGGUGGAUCACGAGGGACGUUUCACCAACAUCAACGCGGGAUGGCCGGGAAGGGUUCAUGACCCUGAAAGAAUUGGGUUUGUUUAGUUUGGAAAAGAGAAGACUGAGAGGGGACAUGAUAGCAGUUUUCAGGUAUCUAAAAGGGUGUCAUAAGGAGGAGGGAGAAAACUUGUUCACCUUAGCCUCUAAGGAUAGAACAAGAAGCAAUGGGCUUAAACUGCAGCAAGGGAGGUCUAGGUUGGACAUUAGGAAAAAGUUCCUAACUGUCAGGGUGGUUAAAUACUGGAAUAAAUUGCCUAGGGAGGUUGUGGAAUCUCCAUUUCUGGAGAUAUUUAAGAGUAGGUUAGAUAAAUGUCUAUCAGGGAUGGUCUAGACAGUAUUUGGUCCUGCCAUGCGGGCAGGGGACUGGACUCGAUGACCUCUUGAGGUCCCUUCCAGUCCUAGAAUCUAUGAAUCUGUGACGCUCGUGUCUUCAGGAACACUAGUCUGUUUAAACGGCUGCAGCAAGGGAUUUACUUCCCAGAGCAGAAAAUAACUGUUGGGGAUGUUGACAUGCCUAUAGUUAUCCUUGGGGACCCAGCCUACCCCUUAAUGCCAUGGCUCAUGAAGCCGUACACAGGCAGCCUGGAUAGGAGUCAGGAGCUGUUCAACUAUAGGCUGAACAAGUGCAGAAUGGUGGUAGAAUGUGCAUUUGGACAUUUAAAGGGUCGCUGGCGCACUUUACCGACUCGCUCAGACCUCAGCCAAACCAAUAUUCCCAUUGUUAUUGCUUCUUGCUGUGUGCUCCACAAUCUCUGUAAAAGUAAGGGGGAGACAUUUAUGGCGGGGUGGGAGGUUGAGGCAAAUCACCUGGCCACUGAUUACGCGCAGCCAGCCACCAGGGCGAUUAGAAGAGCACACCAGGAAGCGCUGCGCAUCAGAGAAGCUUUGAAAACCAGUUUCAUGACUGGCCAGGCUACGGUGUCACAGUUCUGUUUGUUUCUCCUUGAUGAAAACCCGCCCCCUUGGUUGACUCAUUCCCUGUAAGCCGCCCACCCUCCCCCCUUUGAUCACAGCUUGCUUGCAAAGUGAAUAAAGUCACAGUCGUUUAAAAACCA